GGUGGUUGCGUGUAUGGUGGUGGAGGUGGAGGGUUUGCAGGAGGAGAUUCACCUUCGCAAAACUCAACUAACGGCGAAGGAGGAUAUUCGUAUCUCGAUUUCUCCAAAGCUUUGAAACAUCUUACAGCGGUGGAAAGUGGUUACAAUGCUGGACCUGGAUACGUUCUUAUUAUUCCCGGUACCGAAGGUUGUGGAUGUGAUUAUAAAUGUAUAGCACUGGAUAUUCAAAGAUCAGAUGUUACUUGUAUUUGUCCCACUCGAUGGAUUUUGACUGAUGAUCAGAAAACUUGUAAACCUCUCGCUGAUCUACCACUUGAACAACCGUAUCCAACUUGGUUUGUGGUAGUGCUCAUUGUUACAGUAUUUUGUCUGACUGUUGCAUUCGGAGUAGUCUGUUUCGUGUUAUAUAAUCGUUAUCAACUGAGAGCAACGGGCAUCAUGAGGAGAAAAAUGUUCUCUGGGCCAGACCUUCAACUAGAUAGACUUCGCGUAGCGUCAGAUAGUAUGAUGACAGAGUACAAUCCAAAUUAUGAAUUCGGCGGGGUAGUCUACACUCUCAAAGAUCUCAAAGAUAUUCCAAGAGAACAGCUCCGUCUAGUAAAAGCUUUAGGACAAGGAGCAUUUGGUGAAGUUUAUCAGGGCUUUUACCGACAGCGUCCCUGCGACACUGUUGAAAUGCCAGUAGCAGUUAAAACUCUUCCGGAAAUGUCAACAUCUCAAGCAGAAAUGGAUUUCUUGAUGGAAGCUCUUAUAAUGUCCAAAUUCAACCAUCCUAAUAUCGUUCAUUUUAUAGGAGAAAGAGCCAGUCCUUUGACAAUGAAAGAUUUAAUUUUGAUAUCGGUUGACGUAGCAAAAGGUUGCAAAUAUUUGGAAGACAACAGAUUUAUACAUCGGGACAUCGCAGCUCGAAACUGUCUUCUUACAACAAAAGGUCCUGGAAGAGUCGUUAAGAUAGCCGAUUUCGGAAUGUCAAGGGACGUUUACAGGUCUGAUUACUACAGAAAAGGCGGAAAAGCCAUGUUACCUAUAAAAUGGAUGCCACCGGAAGCAUUUCUUGAUGGCAUUUUCACAAGCAAGACUGAUGUUUGGUCAUUUGGGGUUCUUUUGUGGGAAAUCAUGUCCAUGGGGUAUAUGCCUUAUACGGGCUGUGCAAAUAGGGAUGUCAUGCAAUUAGUCACUAGUGGCGGAAGGUUAGAGGCGCCAGCUAAUUGUCCAGGUAAGUUAAAUAAAUAUAUUUUCCUAAUUCUAUGUAUGAAAAAUAGAAAUAGAAUAUGA